GGCGGGGCUGGGGACGGCUGCCGCAGUGCGCUGGGCCGGCGCGCCGAUCGGGAAGAGCCGGCGCCGCGCGCUGGGGCGGCCGCCCAGCGGGCUUGGCUGCGCGCCCCCGCCGGGGGCUAUAAAAGCCUCGCCACCUGCUGCCACCAGCCGGCAGCGCGUCCAGUCGCCCGGAGAAGCCCGUUCGCCGCCUCCAGCGACUGCUUGCCUGGACAUGGACCCUGAGACCUGCCCCUGCCCUUCUGGUGGCUCCUGCACCUGCUCCGACUCCUGCAAGUGCGAGGGAUGCAAAUGCACUUCCUGCAAGAAGAGCUGCUGCUCCUGCUGCCCUGCAGAGUGCGAGAAGUGUGCCAAGGACUGUGUGUGCAAAGGUGGAGAGGGGGCCAAGGCUGAGGCAGAGAAGUGCAACUGCUGCCAGUGAGGACGCACCCCUCCGUGUGCAGUGUGUGGUGUGGAGACAGGAUUGGAUGGCCCAGUGCCACCUCUGCCCAUGGUGAGGUGUGGUUGUCAUCCCCUUCCCCCUCUGGCCACUGACAAGUGACAAUAAAUCCCAUGAACAGCAUGA